UCUCUCCUCUCUCUUUCUCUCUCGCUCCCUUCCUCCCUGUACUGAACAGUGAAAAUUCACAUUGUGGAUCCGCUAACAGGCACAGAUGUCAUGUGAAAACGCACAUGCUUCGCCAUCCACGCCGCCUUUCUUCCUUUUCAUUCUGUUUCCUUUUUUUCUCCUUGCUCCUUCUCCCUCUUCUUUGUAACUAACAAAACCACCACCAACUCCUCCUCCGGCGGCUGCCCUUCCUCCUCCUCCUCAGUGCAAGUGAUCACAAAAGAAAUCUUCUGAACCGGAGGCGGUGGCAUUUUUAAAAAGCAAGUACAUUGGAGAGAAAGGGGGAAAAAAGAAAAACAAAAGAAAAACAAAACCCAGACACCAGCCAGCACAUUUUCUUCACCCUUCCUGAAAACAAACAAACAACCAUCAAAACUGUCAUCAGCACCAUCAUCAAACUGUUCACAUAGCAGCGGCGGCCGCGGCGGCGGCAAACGUCACCCUCCGGCCACGGCGCCCGCCUAAAGGGAUGGUUUUCUCUGCGAAGCAGCUCUUCGCCUUCCACCUUCUUCACUCGUGCUGAGCGGGAUUUUUGGGCUUUCCGGGGUUCGGGCUGGGAGCAGCUUCAUGACUACGCGUAGCGGGAGAGCGGCCACACCAUGCGAGCACAAAUUGAAGUGAUACCAUGCAAAAUUUGUGGCGAUAAGUCUUCCGGGAUCCACUACGGAGUCAUCACAUGUGAAGGCUGCAAGGGGUUCUUUAGAAGGAGCCAGCAGAACAAUGCCUCUUACUCCUGCCCUAGGCAGAGAAACUGUUUAAUUGACAGAACCAACAGGAACCGUUGCCAACAUUGCCGGCUGCAGAAGUGUCUUGCCCUAGGAAUGUCGAGAGAUGCUGUGAAGUUUGGGAGGAUGUCCAAGAAACAAAGGGACAGUCUAUACGCCGAGGUGCAGAAGCACCAGCAGCGGCUGCAGGAGCAGAGGCAGCAGCAGAACGGAGAAGCAGAAGCCCUUGCGAGGGUGUACAGCAGCAGCAUCAGUAACGGCCUCAGCAGCCUGAACAGCGAGGCCAGUGGCACUUACGCCAAUGGACAUGUCAUUGACCUGCCCAAGUCUGAGGGUUAUUACAAUGUGGAUUCCAGCCAGCCGUCCCCUGAUCAGUCAGGACUUGACAUGACUGGAAUCAAACAGAUAAAGCAAGAACCUAUCUAUGACCUCACAUCCGUCCCCAACUUGUUUACCUAUAGUUCUUUCAACAAUGGGCAGUUAGCACCAGGGAUAACAAUGACUGAAAUCGAUCGAAUUGCACAGAACAUCAUUAAGUCCCACUUGGAGACAUGUCAGUACACCAUGGAGGAGCUACACCAGCUGGCAUGGCAAACUCAUACCUAUGAAGAAAUUAAAGCAUAUCAAAGCAAGUCCAGGGAAGCUCUGUGGCAGCAAUGCGCCAUCCAGAUCACUCAUGCCAUCCAGUAUGUGGUGGAGUUUGCAAAGCGGAUAACAGGUUUCAUGGAGCUCUGUCAAAAUGAUCAAAUUCUACUUCUGAAGUCAGGUUGCUUGGAAGUGGUUUUAGUGAGAAUGUGCCGUGCCUUCAACCCAUUAAACAACACCGUUCUGUUUGAAGGAAAAUAUGGAGGAAUGCAAAUGUUCAAAGCCUUAGGUUCUGAUGACUUGGUGAAUGAAGCAUUUGACUUUGCAAAGAAUUUAUGUUCCUUGCAACUGACUGAGGAGGAGAUUGCUUUGUUCUCCUCGGCUGUUCUGAUAUCUCCAGAUCGAGCCUGGCUGAUAGAACCAAGAAAAGUCCAAAAGCUUCAGGAAAAAAUUUAUUUUGCACUUCAACACGUGAUUCAGAAGAAUCACCUUGAUGAUGAGACCUUGGCAAAGUUAAUAGCCAAGAUACCAACCAUCACGGCAGUUUGCAACUUGCACGGGGAGAAGCUGCAGGUAUUUAAGCAAUCACAUCCAGACAUAGUGAAUACACUCUUUCCUCCGUUAUACAAGGAGCUCUUUAAUCCUGACUGUUCCACCGUCUGCAAAUGAAGGCGACAAGAGAACUGUCUCUUAGUCAUGGAUGCAUCACCAUUGUGACAAAAGCAAUGUGUUCAUGAAGACUUAAGAAAAAUGUCACUACUGCAACAUUAGGAAUGUCCUGCACUUAAUAGAAUUAUUUUUCACCGCUACAGUUUGAAGAAUGUAAAUAUGCACCUGAGUGGGGCUCUUUUAAUUGUUUGUUUGUUUUUGAAAUGACCAUAAAUAUACCAAUAUAGGACACUGGGUGUUAUCUUUUUUUUUUUUUUAUUUUAUUUGGGUAUGUUUUGGGAGACAAUUGUUCAUAGAAUUUUAUUGUAGAUAUAUACAAGAACAGAGCGGUACUUUACAUGAUUACUUUUCCUGUUGAUUGUUCAAAUAUAAUUUAAGAAAAUUCCACUUAAUAGGCUUACCUAUUUCUAUGUUUUUAGGUAGUUGAUGCAUGUGUAAAUGUAUUGCUGUCUUGGAAAGCACUGGCCAUGUAUGUAAUAAGUAUAUAAUAUCUGAGCAUAUUAUAUAUGACUAUUACUUAUACAUGCACGUGCUCUGUGGCUUAAAAUACCAUACCUACUAGCAAUGGAGGUUCAGUCAGGCACUUAUAUUAUUUACCUUCUGUGUUAUAUGUUACAGUUAUGUUAGACAAUCAGGAUUUUGUUUCCCCAGCCAGAAUUUUCAUCUAUAGUCAAUGGCAGGAUGGUACCAAUUCAGAAGUAAUUCUACAAAGGAAUAAAUAUAGUGCAUGGCCUCUGUAUAAAAACUCUAUUUCUAUCAAUGACAUCAAAGCCUUGUCAAGAUGGUACAUAUUGGAGUACAAAUAAGUGUUGGGAGCCAUUUUCCUGUUUGAAGAGUUAGACCACAGAUAAUAUUGUGGUAUUGUGGAGUCUAGGACUUUUUUUGACCAAAAAACAGACUUUCCCUGUUUUUCACCAGGACACAUAAAAUACUUUUUCUUCAGAUUUUUAUUUGUGGAAAAACUUAAUUUUGGUGCUUAUUCUGUCAUCAACAGAGAAAUACAGUCUGUAGACUGUGACCACCAGCAUUUUUUUCUAACAAAAUUAGAGUCAAAGAGCAAAUCUGAACCCAGGGUCCCAGUGCCAUUUCAUAUAAACUUUUUCUCUCGAACCUUUUUAUUUGGGGGUGGGGGGGAGGGGGCAAAGAAGAGAUAGAAGGAAAAUAUAGAAAACAAACAUUUCUUUAUAUUCCUUCUCUUUAAUAAGUUUGUUAGAUAAAGAAGCAAUAAAGGGGGGUGCA